CCCCGUUUAUAGCUGACAGCCGGACCUCACUGUAGCUCCCGUCGUUGUUAAACGUCGUGCAUUCACGAGAAGAAGGACUUGGAUAGACCCACGAAUCUACUUGAACCAGGGCCUGUGCAUAAGAGGUCACCGCACGAGGGCCCCCUACCGAGGAAGUAGGCCUGUGGGCCUGUCAGCGACACCAUGAAACGGCUUUACACGGAAGAGCAAGAGUGAGUGCAUUAGCAGCUGGUAGUGAGUUAGUCGGGGACGGUUGUCAGGGAGUACUGUACCAAGGACGGUUUAGAGGGUUAAGUUCUCCCGCUGAUCAAGGAUUAUAACACCAUGAGGAGACUAGAGGAGGAAUACAAUGACGCCCCCUAUGAUGAGCUGGAGGUGACCGAGGAGCCUCCGCCGAUGCUCAACAAGCCACAAUGCAUCUUACUCAACAUGACCUCGUUCGGCAUCAACUUUAUGGUGCUACUUCUGAGCGUUGAAGUGAUACCUGCUCAGGUUGAGGCGCUGGUGGGCGAUGGCGCUAAGGGCAGCACGUUCGGAGGAAUGGUUGCCGGAGGAGCAGCCUUGACCUUCUUCGUGAGCCCCGUGGUGGGGAUGGUGAGUGACCGGCUGACGUACAAGUUGGGGAAGAGGCGCCCUGUCAUGAUCAUCGGAACCAUCAUCCUCUGUUUUGGUCUGAUUGGCAUGGCGUUUAGCGCCCCACAGGUUAAUGUGCCCCAUAGGGAUACGAAGGGAUUGCUGGGAAACACGAGUCGCAUGUGUCAGCUGGACUUGGUGAAGGAGCGGUGCGCCCCCUACAUGAACCAGUCCAUACCUCCCAAGGAUUUCACUAACCCAUCUCAAUCCGGGAUCAUCGCAGACAAGAAGUCGCUCACGGAACCCGUCGUCGCAGAGAAACCCGGAAACUUGGGGUUGUACAUUACAUUCUUCCUGAUGGUGAUCUGUGCGCAAGCUGCCGUCACCGUCCCCUUCAAUGCCCUAGUGGCGGACAAGUCUCACCCUACACAGAGAGGUUUUAACUCCGGCGUGAUGGGCGCGAUGAUAUUGCUGGGGAAUGUGAGCGGUGCAGCGGCCGGUCUCAGCUUCACGCAUAUCGGCGUGAUAGGGAUAUACGGCCUGAUCCUAGGGAUCCUGGUGUUGUGUGUGACCGUGACUGUCGUGUCGACCAAGGAGUACCGGUCUAAGGAGGAGCUGGAACUACAACCACUUGGGUGCAAGCUUAUAUUCUGUGGAUUCUGGGAGCCUCUGAAAGAGCAUGAUUUCCGAUGGGUGUUCAUCACCAGGUUCCUCAUGCAGCAGGGCGUGGCUACCGUCACAGGAUUCCUGGAGUACUGGCUAGGAGACAUGAUACCACUGCCAAACUGCUGGACCCCCGCAACUUCUGUAUCCCUCAUGCUCCUCCCGAUGCUCUUCUCUGCUGCUAUCAGUUCUGUUAUAUUCGGAAUAAUAUCUGACAGAACAAACCGACGCAAAAGUAUAGUGACAACUGCAGCCAUAGUGAUGGGUUGCUGCGCGCUGACCGACGCCUUCCUCAGAGGCAACUACGCCUUCUACAUAGCUAUUGCCAUGGCGUUUGUAUUCGGUACCGGAUUCGGAGCGUUCCAGUCCGUGGACUUCGCACUUGUGAUGGACGUUCUGCCGGAAGAGAAGGACAAGGCCAAGGACAUUGCUGUAUGGCACCUGGCACUCAUUCUCCCCCAGGUCCUGGCCACUCCCGUGGGGGGAGUUGUGCUGGACAUAUUUGAGAGGGUCGACUGUGAGAUCGGGCUUGGUUAUAUCCUUGUAUUCGUAAUGACUUCUGUUUACUUCCUGCUAAGUGGACUCUUUGUCUUCAAGAUACGGAGGGCAAAGUAGAAAUCUUGAAUCUGGAUAUCAUUCACUUCUACCAGUUCGUGGAUGGAUUGCAUGGGAUGUUUAUAUUGUUUGUAUUAUAUGAUUGUCAGUCACAGUGUCUAAUAUAAUUUGACGCCACUUAUUCGAGGCAUUUGCAUGUCAGUGUAAAUAUAUACUACAAUGGGUUGUAGUCGUGUAAUGCGAUUAAGUCAGUUGUCAAGUUAUGUUGUACUUUCUAUACAUAUAAAUGGAACGGUUUUACAAGAAAUCUUAAUUGGACAUUCCUGCAGCUAAGAGACACACAGGGAGAUCAUUUUUAAAUGUGAUAGUAUUAUUGAUUUUUGUGUGAUUUUUAUGUCUUAAAUUCCAUAUGAUACUCUCGCCUACAUGUAUGCACGGUGUUUAAGGUUUUAACCAUAUCACUAUCCACCAUGCUGCCCUUCAUAGAGGUUGGAGGCUUGCCUGUCUCCGCCCUGUUCGGUAAUACACGCCCUAUUUAACGGAAUUUACUUUUAUAACCUCUUAAAUGAAAUUACAUUAAACUGGAUUCUAUAUUUCACGCGUGUUUCCACAUCUAUUAUCCUGUCAGUUAUUCUUAAUACAUACUAAGUCAAUAGAUGAUUGAAUUUACAGGUCCCGUCAUUUGUUUGGGUAAUUCCGAUUGGGCAGCGGACACGUGCUUGCAUCAAAUCAUGUUUGGCUUCGCGUUUUGCUCCCCUCCCCAAUAAAAUGUUUGACGGAGUAUUAUCAAAACAAGGCGGAGACACAUUGUAGACUUGGCAACCCAUGGCACUGCGCCCUGGCAUCGGGGAUAAUCUGGGCUUGUUUUACUGAAGUUGUUGGAAUGAUACUGAAAAUUGUGUUCACAUUUAGUGCUUUUUGAAUACAAUAUGCUUGUACGUAUAUCUGUUUCAACACAUUUAGAAGUCAGUACAAUGGGUAUUUGGUAGUCACAUUAGGAAAUAUCUCAUUACUUCGCUAUUCUAAAAUCGGCUUAAUUUGUUUUUAAAUGACCAUUUAUCGACGUGUGCUUACUUGCAAGUAUUGUCAAAGAGUUGAUUGUGGUGUUCUGAAUGACACAAGAAAUACCAAACGUUAUUUCCAUGAUAGUGUAUCAGAGUACAUGCAUGAAAUGUCUAUAGGACUAAACGUUGCUCUAUCGGGAAUGAUGUGCGCAACUGAUGGAAAAUACUUAAAUGCAUACGUCUGUAUUUUAUUGCAUCGCGAAGAUCUGUAUGCUACAUCAUAGAGGUCCAUAUGGAAGGGCCACGACAAAAAAACUCUGUAUGCUGUAUCAUAGAGGUCCAUAUGGAAGAGCCACGACAAAAAACUCUGUAUGAUACAUUAUAGAGGUCCAUAUGGAAGGGCCACGACAAAAAAAACUCUGUAUGCUGCAUCAAAGAAGUCCAUAUGGAAGAGCCACGACAAAAAACUCUGUAUGCUGCAUCAUAGAGGUCAUAUGGAAGAGCCGCGACAAAAAACCUCUGUAUGCUGUAUCAUAGAGGUCAUAUGGAAGAGCCACAACAAAAACCUAUGUAUGCUGCAUCAUAGAGGUCGAUAUGGAAGGGCCACGACAAACAACCUCUGUAUGCUGCAUCAUAGAGGUCGAUAUGGAAGGGCCACGACAAACAACCUCUGUAUGCUACAUCAUAGAGGUCGAUAUGGAAGGGCCACGACAAACAACCUCUGUAUGCUGCAUCAUAGAGGUCGAUAUGGAAGGGCCACGACAAACAACCUCUGUAUGCUACAUCAUAGAGGUCAUAUGGAAGGGCCACGACAAAACAAUCUGUAUGAUGUAUCAUAGAGGUCCAUAUAGAAGGGCCACGAUAAAAAAUCUCUGUAUGAUGAAUCAUAGAGGUCCAUUUGGAAGCGCCAGAAGCAUAAAAUAACACCUUAUGCUGUAUCCUAGAGGUUUCUAUGGAAGCGCCAGAAGGACACAGUAACACUUUAUGCUGUAUCCUAGAGGUUUCUAUGGAAGCGCCAGAAGGACACAGUAACACUUUAUGCUGUAUCCUAGAGGUGUCUAUGGAAGCGCCAGAAGGACACAGUAACACCUUAUGCUGUAUCCUAGAGGUGUCUAUGGAAGCGCCAGAAGGACACAGUAACACCUUAUGCUGUAUCCUAGUGGUUUCUAUGGAAGCGCCAGAAGGACACAGUAACACCUUAUGCUGUAUCCUAGAGGUUUCUAUGGAAGCGCCAGAAGGACACAGUAACACCUUAUGCUGUAUCCUAGAGGUUUCUAUGGAAGCGCCAGAAGGACACAGUAACACUUUAUGCUGUAUCCUAGAGGUUUCUAUGGAAGCGCCAGAAGGACACAGUAACACUUUAUGCUGUAUCCUAGAGGUGUCUAUGGAAGCGCCAGAAGGACACAGUAACACCUUAUGCUGUAUCCUAGAGGUUUCUAUGGAAGCGCCAGAAGGACACAGUAACACCUUAUGCUGUAUCCUAGAGGUUUCUAUGGAAGGGCCAAAAGGACAAAAGAAAAAACUACAUUGUUUCACAUUAUAUAACAUUAUUUCAACGAUGUUUAAGGUCGACAAUUUGACAACGCAACAUUGUCUUUCUAGUUUUUCACAGGAAAUCACUAAAGACCAUGUCAACUCGGUACAUAUCAACCAUGCACUGCCAUUAUGAUCCCCUAAUACUUGAGUUGUUGUUCCAAAGAUUGGCAUGAUGUGACCAAAGUUCACCUUAUGUGAGCUGAGCUGUCGUAGUUAUCAAAGUGCCUCAGCAGCACAAAUAAUAGACUGAUCACUUUUCUGGGAUUUAUUCAGUUUUUUGCAAUUUUCGGUACGAUAAAAUUAAAAUUAACAACAUAAGACUGAGGUUUGAUACAUUGACACUUAUAACUCAUCUAUCCCGUUUGGGUUUGGGGCACAUUAUGCAAGGUGAGAAUGCUUUAUGUAAAGAAAAUGAAAUCCAUGUACAUUCUGUUUCAGUGAAAUGCAGCUAGCGUUUACUAAUGAAAUGGCAAAACUGACUCAGUAUUAAGCUCUUGUCUUUGUUAAUUAUCAUAGUAAGAUAGUAUUAUUCUUAUAAUGAUAACUGUUACGACGAAUAAGCCACUUUUUAGAAUCACACGAAUGUCAUCGUUGUUAUUUAAGUUUAACUAGGUAUAUACCCCGCUGUGAUAUUGCAGGAAUAUUGCUAAAAGCGGCGUAAAAACCGUACUCACUCACUCACUUAUGAAGGUAUAAGAAUCAUUGGUGAAUGUCUUCAACGAAAUGUAAUAUUACUUUUUUGUACAUAUUGUUCUGUAGGAGGUAUUUCGGCUCCCUUGAUAACUUGUAUCAUCACGAUAUGUUCAUUGAACGUAUCAGGUUUAAUCACGAUGUGUUUUCAAUUAUCUUUGAACUUAUCAAGUUUAAUCACGAUAUGUUUUCAAUUAUCAUUGAACAUAUCAAGUUUAAUCAAGAUAUGUUUUCAAUUAUCAUUGAUCAUAUCAAGUUUAAUCACGAUAUGUUUUCAAUUAUCAUUGAACAUAUCAAGUUUAAUCACGAUGUUUUCAAUGAUCAUUGAACAUAUCAAGUUUAAUCACGAUAUGUUUUCAAUUAUCAUUGAACAUAUCAAGUUUAAUCACGAUGUUUUCAAUGAUCAUUGAACAUACCUAAACAGCAACAUGGCGUCUGGUUUUGUGAGACUCCCAUUUGCGUUAUGAUAAUUCUUAAGUUUAUGUGUGAGUAUAUUGAUGACUACCCGUUCUGCUACUCAUAUGACGGUUGUUAGGGUCACACACAUGUCAGUUACUACUGGAGAAGAACAGGAUACACAUGUUAAGAGCCUUUCUAUCAUGAUCCCGUUUUUUUGUGACUCACAUCCUGAUUCUGAACCAUUGAAGGCCAAGCGAGGGUUCACUGUACAUAGUUAAAAGGACAUACUCAUAUACUUAAGUUAAUUGUAUUCUGUUGUCUCAUCCGAUGGUCACAAUAUUGUCUCAACAGCUGACGUGUUAGGAAUAUACAUGUACAUGAAGGUAGCUGUUACUGGAUUUCAUUAUGCAUUUUAAAUCGUAAUAUGUCGAUGACAACGUACAUGUAUCUUCACAGUUCUUGACAUGGAUGUAUUUUGCAAUAAAUACAUAUAUAUAUCACCAA